AUACUGGUGGGGCCGGAGCACCCACCCGGCUCCGCCGGAGGCCAGACCGCCUCUCCCUUCCCCCUCUCUUGCCGCUCGGUUCUUCCUGCCCCUCCCUUCUGGGCCCAAAAUUCUCCUCUCGCCGCUCUCCUCCGCCUCACCGGCGGCCGGGGUCCUCGCGGCCUCAUCCCCAGCUCCCCCGAUCACCAGGCGAACCCUCGGAGCCUCACCGCACCUCCGAACGCUUCGCCAAGCCGGGCAUAACGGGACAUCUCACCUCGAAUUCUUCUCCCGUAGCUCGCUGCCCUUCCCCCCUCUCCUCAACAAGUACCGGCGGCGCGGAUCUAUGCGGACCCGGGAUUUGUAUUUUCCCUCGUUGGGGAUGGAGGUGCAGGUGCUCGAUUUGUCGUCAGACUCCGAGGACGAGGUGUCGGCGCACUCGCCUCAGCACAAGCGUCCCGCGCGGCAGGCGGGUCCAGGUGCUGACCACGGGGUUGGAAACACAGGAAUUGGAGGAAGCGGUGUGGACAGCCUCUCUAGGCAAGAGGGCGCAGCGAGGUUGCUGCAGCCCAGCGACGCGGUGAAGAAAGGGGAGAAGGUCGGCGAGGGGAAUAGCGCGUGGGCUGCGGGGCCUCCGAAGCUCGGUGGGGAAUCGAUCGGUGCUGGUGGUGUCGUCGUGGGAGCUGGGAGAGAUCCGUGGAGCGCAUUGGUGAGCAAGCGUAAGGCUGGGGACGGUGGAGAUGUUGGAGCUGGGUGCUGGGGUGGUUCAGGUGAUUGGGGUGAUCAGCUUCGCAACUCGGUCCCUGUGCUGCAGCAAGGAUCGGAGAGCAAGGAGUUUUGCAAUGGUUCUGCUGCGUCAGGUGAUCACUGGAAGGGUAUUCUUGGCGCAAGACCUGCUGAUCCUGCCAACACACCGUGCUACCCGUGGAAUGCUGGCAAUAGAGAAAAUGAGGUUGGAAUGCUAUCUCAAGACUCUCUGGAUACUCGUGAAGUUUCUGGAUGUGAUGACUUUCUUAUGGAAGAAAGUAGCUCAGCAUGGCUUUCGAGGAUCAAAGGGCUGAACUUCCCAUUUCCUGAUGAGCGUCAGUUGAGAACCAAGCAGAUUGAGGAUGAUGAGGUGUUUGCCCAAAGGCUUCAGGAGCAGCUCAAUCAGGAACAGCCAGGCUCUCAGCAUUCUGAAGCGGUUGAUAUGACAAUAGCCUGGACAUUACAUGAGCAAGAUGCUCAGCAUGCCAGAUUUGCUGCAAGAGAAGGGCAGUCUAGUUCUAACCAGAGGGACAGAUCAAUGGCACACUUGUAUUCAUUUGGCCGGCACUCACCUGCUCAAAGUUUUGCUUCUUGGGCAUCCAAUCGUACUCAGCUUCCAAUGUCAAGCAGAAGAAGUUUGCCAAGAAACACUAACUGUCCUCAAGUGGCACAACGUGAUAUGCUCAUCUCUCAGUUGACCAGGGGGUGCUUCAGAGAAGACAUGGAUCUAGAAACGAGAAUGGCUGUACUGGACUCACUUUCAGAAGCAUUUGAUAACUGUGGGGAGACAUUUUCUCCAUAUUCUGAUGAUGAUGAUUAUGAUACUCUCAUAGCACUUGAUGCCAACAACCAUCACAGAGGUGCUUCUGAUGAUCAAAUAAACAGCCUGCCACUGUCACUAGUUGAGGGUGAUAUUUGUUCAGACGAACCCUGCCCUAUAUGCUUGGACUGCCCUGCUGGUGGGGACUCCCUCCGGCAUCUGCCAUGCUUGCACAAGUUUCACAAAGAGUGCAUCGACAGAUGGCUCGGUAUGAGGAUCCUGUGCCCUGUUUGCAAGUCAACUGUGUUCUCGCAGUAGACUGUAUCAUCCGUUAUGCUUUUUGCAGUAGCAUGAAAGGUAGAUUAGCUGACCAAUAGGAGGCAUUGGUACUGCUGGUACUGCCGGUACUGCCGCAAUGUGUACAUUCUGUUGUUGACCUGUGCUCUCUUCUGCUCUGUGGUUCUCUGAAGUGGCGUGGAGCGUUUUAUUGCCAUGAGAGAAAAACCUCCUAUUUCCGGUUGUUGUAUACCCUUUUUAGGUGUCAUGACAUGCAUAGAAGCACCUAGCGUCUUCAGUUUUGGGCGUUGCCAUGAGUGUGAAGGCUGAUAUUGCUCUCUUUAAUUGGCGUUCUAACUUCCAAUUACAAAUGAAGUUAAUUGAUUUUGAAGAUCUAAA